GGAGCCAAUCAGCGCGCGGCCGCGGCCCGGCGGGAGAUUCGACCGCAGCCCGCCCCUCGUGGGCGGCCCCGGGGCCCCUGCGGGCUCGCGUCACCGGGAGGGCGGACCCGGGCCCCGCCGCCCCGCCGCCGCUUAUAAAUAGCCGGGGUGGCCUUCUGGCCGGCGGCGGUAGGACGAUGGAGGUCCCCGGCCGCACAACCGGAGCCGAGGCUCCCUGGAAGCAGCUCUCUGCAGAGGAGUUGGAGAAUCAGUACUGCCCCAGCAGAUGGGUCAUCCGACGGGGAGCCGAAGAAACCCUGAAGAUGUACACACACCUAGGAGACAAGGCCACCAAGAAGGUCCGGGCCACCAGGAAGAGCCUGCUGCAUGUCCCCUACGGGGAUGGCGAAGGGGAGAAACUGGACAUCUACUUUCCUGGAGAAGUGGCUGCUGAAGGCUUGCCUUUCUGUCUGUUCCUUCACGGAGGCUACUGGCAGAGUGGAAGUAAGGACAUGUCAGCCUUCAUGGUGGAGCCACUGACGGCACGGGGAGUGGCCGUGGUAGUCGUGGCUUAUGACAUUGCCCCCAAAGGAACCCUGGACCAGAUGAUAGACCAGGUGACUCGGAGCAUCACAUUUGUGCAGAGGAAAUAUCCGUGCAAUGAGGGACUUUACCUUUGUGGACACUCAGCAGGGGCCCACCUGGCUGCCAUGAUGCUCCUGGCCAACUGGACCAAGCACGGAGUCACACCCAACCUCAAAGGUUUUCACGGGACUGCAGGUUUUUUCCUGGUAAGUGGGAUCUAUGACCUGGAGCCCAUCGUGCACACCACUCAGAACGCCCCUCUCCUCCUGACCCCGGAGGACACUCGGAGGAACAGCCCCCAGCUGCUCCUGGAGGCGGCCUUGGCUCGGCCCUCGGGGCCAGCCUGCCGCGUGCUGGUGACUGUGGGCCAACACGACUCCCCUGAAUUCCACCGACAGUCGAGAGAGUUUUUUCAGAUGCUGCGCCGGGGAGGGUGGGAUGCCUCGUUUGAAGAAAUCCCUGACGUGGAUCACUUUGAAAUCAUCUGGAGCCUAACCCAGCAGGACUUCGUGCUCACCCAGAUGAUUUUAAGCACAAUCCUUCGGGAGCUCUAACACCGCUGGAGUGUGGCCCCUGCUACCGAUGAUGAAGGUCCUCAACAGACCCCACACGCUUCCCCUUCCUGCCAGCAACCCCCUCUCUGUGCCCAGGAGCACCUCCGUUUGCUCCCAACACCACUGCAAAUCUCCCUCCCCGCUGGCCUGGAUGGAGGGGUUCCAGGGAAGGUCCAGCCCAGUCAACACUACGAUCCCCAAGCCACCUGGGCCGCUGCCUGCCAAGAUGGUGUGACAAAUAUGACAAUGCCCGGCAAUCAGUAGACUUAGCUCCAGUUGAAAGUCUGCUGACCUUUUUGUAAGAGCUCAAAAACCAGUCUGUUCUCUUUUAUGGCAUUCUUUUGACCCAUCUGUCCUGUCUUGAGGCUUUCCCUAAGCUCCAGGGACAUAGCCCGGGGGCUGACCCCUCCGCGAGGGGACAAGGACAUCCACAGCCAGGUCAAGAUUCCUCUGCGCCCCACCCAGGGGUGUGCACAGUUCCCAAGCAGCCACCCACCACCCUCCCCUCCCCAGCAACCCUCCUCCA